AUGUCUACUACAUCACAAACAUUUGAUCAAGUCCUUGCAUCAACCUAUGUAAAUCUUGCUGAUGAGCGUGUUGGUACUCAGAUUAUUUCUGUUACUGAUGAAUUUUUUGCUCCAGCAAUUCGUAUGCUUGAUCCUAAACCAGCUGUUUUUCAUCCAGGAAAAUUUGAUGAUCAUGGUCAAUAUAUGGAAGGAUGGGAAAGUCGUCGAAAACGUGUCGCUGGUUAUGAUUGUUGUAUUGUACAAUUAGGUUUAGCAGGAAAAAUUGUUGGUGUUGAUAUUGAUACAAGUCAUUUUACUGGAAACUAUCCCGUAGCAGCAUCUAUUGAUGCAUGCUGUAUUGCUAAAGGAGAAAAACCAGAUAAUUGGCAAGAAAUUUUACAUACAGUUACAUUAGGUCCAAGUGCUCAUCAUUACCAUGCAGUUAAAGUUGAAGGUCAUUGGACUCAUGUUCGUUUAAAUAUUUAUCCAGAUGGUGGUAUAGCUCGACUUCGUAUUUAUGGUGUAGUUCAACCAUCAGAAGAUCGAUUUAAUGAUGAAAUUGAUUUAUUAGCUCUUGAAAAUGGUGGCCGUGCUGUAGCAGCUAGUGAUGAACAUUAUGGAAAUCCUUGGUCUUUAUUACGUCCUGGACGAGGUAUUAAUAUGGGUGAUGGAUGGGAAACUCGACGAAGACGUGUACCUGGUAAUGAAUGGUGUAUACUUGCAUUAGGUAAACGUGGAAGAAUAUCACGUAUUAUACUUGAUACUGCUCAUUAUAAAGGUAAUUACCCUGAUAAAUGCAUAAUUCAAGGAGCUGAUGUUACAGUAGAUAAUAGUAAAUCAUUAGUUACUCAAUCAAUGUUUUGGCAAACAUUAUUACCUGAACAAAAAUUAACCAUGGACGCUAUUCAUACAUAUGAUAAAGAACAAAUUAUUGACCUUGGUCCAAUUACUCAUCUACGAGUUAAUAUCAUUCCUGAUGGUGGUCUUUCUCGAGUGCGUGCCUUUGGUCGAGUUGAAUAA